AUGAAGUUCGCCACUAUUAUCGGCUCGGCUCUGCUGGGCUUUGCUUCUGCUGGUAACACUACUGCCCGGAAAACCACCUACGACUACAUCGUAGCCGGUGCCGGAGCUUCGGGUCUGGUUGUUGCCGAGAGACUUGCCAAUGCUGGCCACAAGGUUCUUCUUGUUGAGCGUGGUGGUCCUUCAUUCUACUCAACGGGUAACCGGGAUGACUUGAUGAGGUGGAACAAAACCGUCACCGCAUACGAUGUCCCAGGCAUGGCCUACUACACCGAUAUCUCACCGACCAUUCAGUGGUGCACAGACAUUGCUGCCUCAGCAGGUUGCCUGCUCGGUGGAUCUACCAUGUUGAACGCUCUCAUGUUUGUCAAGCCCAGAGCUGCUGACUUUGAGGGUUGGCCUAGGGGAUGGCAAUGGGAGGAUGGAGUGUCCGAUGCUGCCAAGAGCGUUUUUGAACGCAUGCCUGGGAGCAUUCUUCCCUCGGCCGAUGGAAAGCACUAUGAUGAUGGUGCAUUUGAGGUUAUGUCAAAGUUCCUUGAGAGCAAUGGUUGGGAUGAAGUCAAUGCUCUUGAGAACGUCGAGACGAAGGAUAAGAUCUUUACGCAUCCCCCUUGGCUGAUCAGCAAUGGACUUCGAGGUGGCCCCGUUCGUGAUAUUCUACCCGCUGCACAGGCCCUCGACAACUUCAGCUUGCAGCUUCACGCCAAGGUCAUCCGUGCUGUUCGCAGUGGCCCUAUCAUUACCGGGAUCGAAGUAGAGCAUAACGACGGCUCUCGUGAGAUCAUUAAGCUGAGUAAGGGCGGUUCCGUGGUCCUCUCAUCUGGCACCCACUCGACACCUCGAAUCCUCUUCAACUCAGGCAUUGGACCAAAGAAGCAAAUCCGCAUUGUCCAGUCCGGCUCUACGAACGUCAAGCUCCCUCCUGCCUCUCAGUGGAUAGACCUUCCCGUUGGUCAGCGGCUUAUGGACCAUCCCAUUGUCGUCGUGGAUUUCCAGACCAAGAAUAAGCUUCAAGCCCUUCCCAAGGAGGCAUUCACUGAGCCUAGCGACGAGACUGUUGAGCUGUUUGCCAAAGGAAGUGGCCUUCUCUCACAGUCAGCUCAGCGUCUUAACUUCUGGAGGAGCGUCGAAGGCAGUGAUGGAGUGACCCGCUAUGUGCAAGGUACAGUCAAUGCCCCUGAGAACAACACCAUCUCAGCCAAGGUCUAUCUCACCCACGGCCUCACAUCUCACGGAACCCUCGAGAUUACUCCUGAGGGCAAUACCAACAUCACCCAAAAGCCAUUCCUCAAUACCGAGGGUGACCGCGAUGCUCUCAAGACCUUUGUCGCCGAACUUCUUAGCUACGCACGUAAGCCUGAUAGCGUUCUGAGCGUGCCUAGCAAUGUCACCGCGGACACUAUUCUCGAGGUUUCAUACAGUGGCAACCAUCAUCUCGGGUCGGCUAAUAUGGGAGCCAAGAACGAUGGCAAGAGCGUUGUUGGGCCUGACACCCGAGUUUGGGGAACCAAGAAUCUGUUUGUUGUGGAUGGUAGCAUGCAUCCUGAGGUUCCAACUGGAAAUACCCAGGCUUCCAUUAUGGUUGCUGCUGCACAUGCCGCUAGCAAGAUCUUGGCUGCUUCCUCCAAGCGACACUAA